CCUCUUGACUAGUUAUGAGUUACUUGACGAUGUUCAUCGAAUAACUAGGUAACCAGCCGAAAAAACCCCAAAUAUACUCCCUAAAAAAAUCCACCGAACAUCAUGAUUUGGCACGUCUGUUACUUGUGGUUCAAACCGUAGAGUUAAUAUACAUAGAGAUUAACACGUUUUUAACUCUUCGCCGCCAGUAGUGCCAACUUGGGCAUUUCCCCCGAAAUUUAAGUAUAAUUAAGAUGUCGGAGUAAUGUACAUUAUUUAGGGGGUACUUUAUUUUAUGUUUUUCUUAAAAACACCCACUAUUCUAUAUAAUAUAUAUAGCCUCGAAUCUAAUUAACAAAAUAAACCAAAUAAAAACUCUUAGGCAAGGCAAUAACUGCAAUACGAACAAUAUCCAAGAUAACGGAUAUACAACCAGAACUUAAGGGGUUUUUUAUCCAUAUUUAGGGAAAUUUCAAGCUGCUCUAAGGUGGAUCAGUUAGAAGGAGUUGGCAUCACUGAGUCAGCUGUCAGUGACACCCGGACAGACAGCCCGGGCGCCGGUCUAUAGUGGAUAACCUUGGCUACAGUUGAGUAGUUGUAUUAAAAUUAUUACUGAAAUUGAAAUCAGAAUUUUAGAAGCAUUUCGAUUUUAUCUAAAGCAGCAGUUAAUUAACCAGGUGUUUCUUUUUUAGAUAAUGUCCUCCGAAAAUAGAAUAGAUAUCACUCAGCCCUUGUGGGACCAAACAACUUUUGUGGGUAGAUUUCGCCACUUUGCCUUCAUCUCUAACCCCCUGCUUUCAUUGGUGCCAGAAAAAGAGUUGUAUCAGGCUAAAGAACUCUAUUUUAAAUAUAAAGAAGGAAAGGAGCCAUCCGAAACAAAAUUAGAGCAAGUAGUUAGAGCUAAGCAGUUAUACGAGUCUGCAUUCCACCCUGAUAGUGGAGAACUUCAGAAUGUAUUUGGUAGGAUGUCAUUCCAAAUGCCCGGGGGAUGUCUUGUUACAGGAGCAAUGUUGCAGUGGUAUAGGACUGCAACGGCAGUGGUAUUUUGGCAGUGGGUGAACCAGUCGUUUAAUGCGUUAGUUAAUUAUACGAACCGAAACGCCAAUUCCCCAUUAACCACGAAGCAAAUGGGAGCCGCGUAUGUGUCCGCGACAUCUGCUGCAAUGGCCACGGCGCUGACUUUCAAAUUUGUUAUACAGAAAAAAGCCAAGAACCCCAUUUUAGCGCGAUUUGUGCCUUUUGCGGCGGUGGCGGCCGCUAACUGGGUGAACAUUCCACUCAUGAGGCAAAAUGAAAUUUUACUUGGUUUGGAUGUAACAGACGAAAAUGGUAAAGUUAUUGGAAAAUCACAACUUGCACCAGUUAAGGGAAUUUCACAAGUUGUUACUUCGAGAAUCGUAAUGUGCGCUCCGGGAAUGUUACUCCUUCCCGUGAUAAUGGAGAGAAUCGAACCCAAAGCCUGGAUGCAGAGGAUCAAGUGGGCUCACAUUGGCAUACAGACAAGCAUAGUUGGACUAUUUUUAACAUUCAUGGUGCCGACAGCGUGCGCUAUAUUCCCACAACGAUGCAAAUUGUCAAUUGACACAAUCAAACGCUUCGAGAAGGACAGAUAUGAUGAAAUUGUGAAAAACACAGACGGAAAGCCUCCAGAAUAUGUAUACUUUAACAAGGGAUUGUAAGACAACACAGUUUGGUUUAUUAGUUGAAGUUGCAUUUCCUACGAAAAACAGAUGAAAAAGGUUUUCAGUGCCUCCAUUUAAAUCACUAUUUUAUAAGUAUAAGUGUUUUUUGUAGUAUUAUGAUUAGAUCAGAAAUAAAAGUAUUAAAUAUGUAAUAUUUAACAUGGACAUUCACUGCCAUAGACAAUGCUUUAAAGUUUCUUUGCCAUGCAAUAAUAUAUAUAUAUAUAGGUUUUUUAUUUGCGGGUAUUUUAUGCAUUUAAUUAUUUAUUUUUUCUUAGAUCUGAAAAGAAAUACAAAUUUUGAGCAUUAUUAAAAUUAAUAAAAGAAUUAUUUUAUAUACAACAAUAUAUCAUUUAUACAGUCAAGAUCUGUUAUAAGGAUUUUUAUUUUGAAUCUCGCUGUUGGCCUUAAGGGCCUUUACAGCUCAGUUCGGCCUGAAUGGGACUUAUGACAUUAAAGGGACUACUCAAUUACUCAUAUUUGGUCGUCAAUUCGUAAUACCCGAUGACGAUUAAGUACCAAAUAUGAUAGAAUUCAGCCGGGACCUUUGAUUUUGGCCAAAAUAACCGGUAUGUUGUUCUAAACGAUGUCGUCGUAAACGGUUUUGACUAUUAUAAUUUUUUAAUUCUUAUAUUUUUUCUUGACGAAACUCUACAUAGCUCAAAUGUUCUUACAUAACAUUCCAUAUGUGUUUGUAUGGUUUUUAUUUAUAAAACAGUUGAAUAGUAUUGUGUGUAUUUUUAAGCUUGCUAUUUAUAUUUUUUUAGCUUUUUUGUAGAUUUUUUAAAAUUAUAUUUAUAAAUGAUAAAUUGAAUUUAUUGGUGGCAACACUCACGGGAUUUGUGGAAAUUAGAAUUUAUGCUGAGGUGCAAUUUUAGAUUAUUUCUUUAAUAUGGUUAAGUGAUGUUAAUUCAGUUCAACCUAGCUAAAAUCAGUAUGAAUCACCUGAAUUCUUUAGGUAAUUUUGUUUUUUUUAGUAUUUGCUGAAUUUUUUUUAUAUGUACUUACAAAUUCAAUGGUAUUACUUUAUAAGAAAUUAUUGUUAUUUCUGAUUGUUAUUAGUAUAGUGCUUGUGAUAUUAGGAGAUUUCUCAACAAUAAAAAAGACAAUAAAAAGUUGUGAAAGUCA